AUGGCAACGAUUUUAAAAGACCUUUGGAACUUCUUUUACCUGCAAACAUGGGAUACUUGCCUCGUGUUCAUCAAUCUUUUGGCGCCCAAAAUCAAGAAAGGAGAAAUGUAUAAGGAAGGCCAGCCUGGAUAUAAGGGUAUCUGGCCCGAGUUUAUCCGUCCUAACCCAGAGACGGAUUCGAGGUCGCCAUGCCCUGGAUUGAAUGCGAUGGCAAACCAUGGCAUUAUUCCGAGGAAUGGGAGGAACAUUGAGUUGUCAUCCCUGGCUGAAGCGCUCGAGAAAACUUGGAACUUGGGGGCACCAUUUUGUAGAGACACCUGCAACUCAGUAGGGAAACUUUUCAAGAAAGAUGCAAUCGAUCUUAGCGAUCUGGCGAAGCACAAUAUCAUCGAGCAUGAUUCCAGUCUCCUCCGAUCUGAUGCUUUUUUCUCCCCCGACCAAACCGUACCUGACAAACAACUCAUCGAACGCCUUCUGGGAUCUGCUACUGGUCCUGUUGCACCUGAGUACCCUGAAGGCCAGGUCACCCCAGCGGAUCUGGGAAAGGCUCUUUCCUUGCGCAUCGCGGAAUCGAAGCGCAACAAUCCUCAAUUUUCGCUCAACAUACUCCACUCAUUCUUUGGGUACAGCAACGCAAGCGUGUUUUAUGAAAUAUUGGGUGGGGACGUAAAGACUUCAAGGAUUAUAUUGGAGGAGGAAAAGAUUCCGGACGGAUAUGAGUCGUUUAUGAGGAGUCGGAAGGGUCUCACGAUGAAGAAGCAAUAUUUCCGUGCUGCACACAUCUGGUUCCACACGAACACACAGCUCAAGCUUAAGGAUGAAUGA